AUGAAUGAUAACACAUAUUUUUUUACUAUAUUAAAUCAAAGUCACUUAUGGAAGACAAUUUCUAAAUACUUUUCUUUCAACGAUUAUUCAAACUUCAGUUUAACAUGUAAAGAAUAUCUUAAAGCAUUAAGUUGUAUUAAAAGAAAUGAUAAUAUAACAAAUUUAAAAAAUUAUUAUUCAACUUUAUUUAUUAGAACUCCUGAUGAUAUAAUUUUAUCAAAACUUUUUGAAAAUAUUUGUUUUAAAGAAGGUUAUGUUAAUAUUAAUGAUCAAAAAAAGGUUGAAUGUAUUAUUAUGCCAACACAAAUAUAUUUAACAAAAAAAAAUAUGUCAAUUAUUGGUAAAAAGUUAGGUCGAUUAUUAAAUACAUUACCACAUAUUCAGGAGUUAUCUAUUAAAUUUGAAUUAAGUCCACAAUUUAAUAUUUUGGCUGGAUGUGUAUUGAAAGAAAUUUCAAAUAAUAGUAUAGUUACAUUAGACAUUCAUAAUUUUGAAGAAACAUUUGAAUGUAAUAAAGUAUAUACAUUUCUAAUAUGUGAAAGUCAAAUUUUUAAUGGAUUUAAAAAUCUUAGAAAAAUUAUAAUACAUCCAAGUGAACCAAUUAUUCAUGAUAUUGAUAAACAUUUUAUUGAUGUAGUUAGUAAAAUUCCAGGUAUAACAAUUGAGACUAACUUUUAUAAAUUUGAUGGAGAAGUAAGUGCUUUUGAUAGAUGUUUACAAAAGGAAAAUUGUAUAUUUACAUAUAUUUUGAAAAAAAAAGUUUUUUUAAUGAUAACUGGUGGAAUAUAUUUCAAUGCAUUUAAACUGAAGUCAUGGUUAAAUAAUUUAGAUGAGUCGGAUUUAUCCUUUAUUGCUAGUUUACAUUUUAAAGUCUCAUCAAUUGGUACAUUACAUGAAACCAGUAAAUUUUUACCCAAAAUGAUAAAUCUUCAACGUUUGGGUAUACAAUUUAUUGUCAACCACUUUACAAUUCAAGUUGAACUUAAAUUUUUAGAAAAAAUAAGAAAAUCAAAAAAAAUUUUAUAUGAAUCAUUUAAACAUCUAAGAAAAUUAAAAAAGAUUGAAAUAAGUUUCAAUUUUGUUACCAAUUUUGAUAGGAAAAUCAUUGAAAAUAUUUUUUUAGAAGAUAUGAAUUUUAGUAAUUACCAAAAAUCAAUACAAGAUGAAAUUCAAAUUUUUACCAUGUGUACAAAAAUUUGCCUUGAAGAAGUAUUAUGUUUUCUUAAUGAGGCUCCUGAUUGUGUGGAGAAGUUAUAUUUUUCUAAUAUGUUGGAAUUUACUUGUGAAAUGACUUCUAGAUUAAAUGAUUAUUUUCCAAAUUUAGAAUUUUUAUUUUUAAAUAAGAUUACUAAAUCUGAUAAAAAAUGUUUAAAAAAUUUUAAGAAACUUAAAUUUUUUGUAUCAAGUUGUAUGAUUGAUCUUGAACUACCACAAACAAUUGAAGCAUUUAUGCUUUCCAUUAACAAUACUUUCUAUAUGAGAAAAAAUGAAAAAGAAAAAUAUUUUCAAUUGUGUGAUGGUUAUAGAAAAUUAAAUCAAUUUACUAAAGAAUGUUACUUGACUGACUCUUUUGAAGGAAUAAUAAUGUACAAUUAUUUUCAUAGUUUGUAUGCUAUUCGAAAUCACUUUAUAUGUAUGUUAGAUUAUACAUUUAUUAAUACUUAA